AUGCCGGCAAACCAGGGCUUUGUUGGUCUUAUUAUAAAAUUGACAGAAUUGAAUAAAGCUGGGCACCUGUUUCCAAGGGACGGCUCUUCAUUUUCACUCUUCAAACAUGCUUAGAAAAAUAACUUUACUCCACAAUUUAUGGACUACUGGUUGGAAGGACGGGCGGACUGUUGCAACAGACUGAUAGCAACCCACUCGGAAGGCUCUCUUUCCAAGAGUAAUUGAAAAAAUAAAGUGAUUUCAUGCUCACUUUAAUUUUAUUGAGACGGAAGAGGACUCGGCCAAUUUUUUUCCUUUUUUUUUGUUAUUUUGAACGAGUGGUUGAAGCUUCUUUCGUCAAUAUUUACCACAUGGGAUGGGGAAGGGAGGGGGGGGGGGUGAGGAAAAAUAGGGGAUCGCAUGGUUUUCAAAGGGGAACAGACCGGGGAAUGGACCAUGUCAAGGCUUCCCUAAAAGAUUAUUGCAAAAAAAAAGGAUUCAAAGCUUACUCUGUUUCAGAUUAUGGUAUUAGUAGCCAUUCGAAGGCAAGAAUCGGUUUCCUUGGUGACGAUUAUGCAAACUGUCGGGCGUCUGAUUCAAGAAUUGGCUUUGGCACUGUAGGUAGUCAACAUCCAUAUUAUUAUUCGUGA